GUGCUGCAUCCAAACCUCGGCAUGCACAACGCCGCCGCCACUGGCGAUGUCGGCCUCGUCAAGUUCGCGCUCGACAACGGCCAGCCGCACACGAGCGUGCUCAACGGCGUGCUGCCGCUGCACGCCGCCUGCUCGGGCGGCAGCGAGGCCGUCGUGCGCCUGCUGCUGCAGCACGGCGCCGACGCAAACGCGCCGCGCCUGCGCCGCAAGGGCUCGCACGUCGGGCCGGGCACCGAGGGCUCGACACCGCUGCACUUCGCUGCGGCCAAUGGCCAC